AUGCCAUGUCGACAGGCUCGGCCCAAGCAUCGACCACUCCCCCCUACCAGCCUCAGGCGUCGGCAGCUUCCCUGCUGCCCUCCGACUUCAUCUCCGCCUCCUCCUGCCGCCCUCCAGCAGCGUUGCUCCAUUCCGCCUUUGUUAUCUCCUUCCUCGCUUCCUCCCUCCCUCUUAUCUGUUUCGUUGAGUUGCUGUAUGAAGUUUGUCAUAUGGGUUGAUAUUCUCUUGACCCAAUCUUCCAUUGCUGGCAUUUGUAAGGGGAGCAAGUAUUGUGAAAGUGCAUUGCAAGAAAUGGUGAAGUAUUUGGGGAUUUGA